GUAGUGGCUCACCUGGUGCUGUCCGUGGUCAGCAUCCACAGUCGGUAUCGAGACCCCGCAGCAGCUGCUUCUGUACCAUUAGUACUCUGGUCAUCGAUGUCAAAGGCGCAUGGUGCUCACGGCUUGGCGAAUAAUAAGCACGCUUCGACCAGGAUCGAAAUGUGGGCCUGCGUCAGUUAUCCGCAGCUGAAAUGUUGUGUAACGUGAGCUAGAGGCUGGUCUGGUCCUACUCGCUCAAACAUUUUCUCCGGCCUUCGUCUAGUGCACGAUCAUUGUCAGCUUCAGUACCUCAGCAGAAAGAAUUUCUGGUGAAAUGGCAGAUCCUCUUUCGAUUGCCUCUGGUAUUGCAGAGCUCAUUACACUUGCCGACAUCAUCAUCGAAAGAACAUAUCGCUAUAUCAAGAACAGCAAGAAUGCCACCAAAGAUGCACAGAGGCUACUGCUCGAGAUCCAGUCUUUCUCGGGUGUACUCCACAGCUUACGCGUGCUCGAAUUGCAAGUUGGCGAGCAUGCUCUGCAAACGAAAAUUGAUCCUUUCCAGCGGCAUCAAUGCCAUGAACUACUCGAGGAAAUCAGAGACAAACUCAGUGAAGCUCCUCUAUUUGCCAAGACGAAAACGCAGAAGAUAGAGCGCACACUCAAGUGGCAUUGGACGGCAGACCAGGCAAAGGACCUGUUCUCACAGAUCGACCGCCACAGAGCAUCGUUCAACCUUGUCACUUCUAUGGAAUCACUCGAAACCGUACUCAAACUCAGAGUUGAGCAAGGCAAUGCGAUGAAAGAGUUAAUUGAUGUCAAAGCGAUUCUUCUUCGGAUCAAGCUUGACCAAGAGACGAAUGAGAUGCUAGACUUCUUCGGCACAUUCGACUCGCAAGCAAACCACGCAACGAGCGUUUCGCUUAGGUCACCCGGCACUGGCCUGUGGCUGACAAGCAGCGAGGAAUUUCAAAAAUGGCAGGAGGAAAGAAAUAGUAAAUUGUGGCUAUCUGGCAUACCUGGGGCCGGCAAGACCGUCUUGGCCGGAUUAUUGGUUCAGGAAAUGCUCAACUGUCUCACACCAUCGAAAGGGGGGGCAUUCCAUUACUGCGACUACAAGAAGGCGAAGUCGGGAAACAUCCAAAAUAUUCUAGCCAGCAUUGUUGGCCAACUAGCGAUGCAGAGCUCCGCAUGUACUGCAAUACUUCGUGGGGUCUACAAGCCGAGCGAUAAAAAUGUCACCUCUAGGACACUUCCACAUGUGAAAGAGCUUAUGGAGUUGCUGAAGAAGAUGGCAUUACAUUUUGGCGAAAUUAUGCUUGUUGUUGAUGCUCUGGACGAAUCUGAGGAUCAGGAAUACCUGAGCCGGACAUUGCACGAUCUUGUGAAGUCUCCCAACUGCAACAUCAAACUUGCUGCGCUCAGUCGCGACGAACAAGACAUUCGACAGAAUAUGAGCGACUUCGACCACGUUUCUAUCGCGGCGAGGAGCAGUGACCUCAGAAUAUUUGUUGCUGCAGAGAUCGAGGAAAGAAGUCGGAAUAGAAAGCUGCGCAUCAGAUCGCCAGGUCUAGAAGACGAAAUUCUGGACUGCCUGAUAAAUGGAGCGGAUGGAAUGUUUCGAUGGGUUGUAUGUCAAAUGGACCACCUCUGUCAGCUGCCGACCGAUGCCGCCCGAAGAAAAGCAUUGAAAAGUCUGCCCCCUGACUUAGAAACAACAUACGAGCGUAUUCUGGCACGGGUAGAGCAAGCUAACGAGCACACGAGGACUCUGGUUCGCAGAGUCCUCAUGUGGCUCGUCCGAAGUCCAGAUGAUGAAAACAACCAUGAGAAGACAAAGCAUGAUGGGGCUCGACUCUCCGCCGCAGCACUCUGUCAGGCCGUGUCGAUCAACGUAGAAGACCGAGAGUUCGAGCACGAUGCCGCUCCUGAUGUUGAAGAGAUACUUAUAUGUUGCAGCUCUCUAGUCCGCCUAUCACACGAUGGUCACUCCGUUGAACUGGCACAUUUCACUGUGGAAGAGUAUCUCCUCAACGUUACACAAGACAUGGAAUUUGGCAAGGGGGCCCUCCGGUUUCACACAGCUACAGCCAACGACUACAGACUUUCGACCUGCCUGACAAUGUUACUAAUGCGCCAUUUUGAUCACGCACUCAUCGAUGAUAGCUCUAUCGAGCUUCGAAGGAUACAGCACCCCUUCUACCAUUACGCCGCUUUGUUGUGGCCCCGCUAUUACAAGGCGACUUGUGAUUCAAAACCUAACAGCCUAGCUCUGGAGCUAUUCUCUCUAGAAUCCACGGCCAACUUCCAAACUUGGGCACAAUGUUAUCUAUAUGGAACGCACAACUACCUCAGCUCCGGGAUUCUCUCUGAGAAUCUGUUAAUGGUCCAACCAGGGCCUCUCCACUUCGCCUGUUUAUUCAGCUUUCCGUCACUCGUCACUGAGCUGAUAGAACAAGAACAGGACGUCAAUGGCUAUAGUCUUAUCGGUGUCCCAUUGCACUGUGCAAUGCUAGACAAAUCCACCAUUCUGAGCAGUCAAUUCAGCCCCUUUGCGUAUUUGCACAUUCCCGAACCUGCAACUGAACGCUCCAAACGCGUGGUCUCCGCAUUGUUGGGAGCAGGUGCGCAGAGGUCAGCUUUCUUACCCAUCGAGGGCAAGGAGCUAUGGUCAAUGCUACGCAUAGCAUGCAUGUCUGGCCAUUUGGGCGUGUUGCUUGACCAUGGGUACAUGCCUGAUCAGGAAUCGCUCGAUUCCUUGCUUGGAUGUCACAAUGAAGCCUGGUAUCACGAGGCUACCGCUCAGCUGCAGUCACGGCAUUUACAGCACAUCGAUGGCGACAUUAUCUCAAGACUUAUGUCAAGAUCUCGAAACGUACACAGCUCAGUCGUUGCGAAGCUUUUGCCCGAUACAGGCGACACGACAGCCAAGAAAUACAUAUCUGCUCUGCGCUACGCUGUGACAACUGAUGACGUGGGCAUAGUGAAAGAAAUCCACAGUAGACACGAUCAAGGGUUGUCAUAUAUGCUCGCCCUGGAUUUUGCCAGCCGUCGUGACGAUGACGAGCAAGGUAUUGCGUGCACCUUGCUGAGGCUAGCGCUGAGGGAACAAGCCUUCAAAGUGGCCAACUUCCUCAUCGAUCAAGGUGCAAAUAUUCAUGAACAGGACAGACAUGGCGAGACACUCUUGGACGUAUGCUGUAUCGUGUUCUCAGACCAACAGUCACAUCAGUUGGUGGAGCACUUCUUAAAAUCCGGUGUCGCCCUGCGCCCAUCCAGCUUUACUUACUGUAUAAGGAAACAAAAAGUGGAGUUGCUCUCCCUUAUAAUGGAUGUGCGACCAGAACACGGCAUUGGCAAUGUGUGUGACGAGGACGGCGAAACUUUAUGGCAUCACAUAGUGCGAAGCAAACACUGUGGAUUAGUCGAUUUGUUCAAGAAACGUGCGCCUUCGACGUUUGUGGAAAGCAUGAUGGUCUUCAAUGCUGCUGGUGAGGCCCCGAUGCACUUGACAGUGUCACUCGGCCUGGAGGCAAUGUUGCGUGACCUACUGGAUAAGAAGGUACCGAUGCACCUGCGGACUACGAAGGGUGAUACGAUGCUGCACCUGGCGGCACGCUUUCUGAUCGAGGGGAAUAGUGGCGACAAGGAACCUAUGAGGCUGCUCAUAAACGCAGGGCACACAAUGGAACAUCCCAGUGGAAGCGGGCUUUGCCGGAAUGAAGCACGACAGACCGCGUUGGACUUCCUCCUGGACGCAUCUACUGACGACGAGAAACGUGAUGACUGCGAAGAGGGCAUCAUGCUUCUUUUGCCAACGCUAAAUCAUGCAACGCUACUUUCGUAUACGCACCGUUCUAGGACACUUUUGACCUGGGCUGCUGAUCUUACGUUGGCAUCCACAGUAAGAUUUCUACUUGCUGCGGGGGCAGAUGUAGACCAGAUCGGAGAAGCUAUCCGCCCGGCUGGCAUGACGCCCCUGGAGUAUCUUGUUGAACGAUGCAGCGAUGCAGUACUGCUUUCAGCCGCUCUCAAGAGUUCCUGCGCGAUCCACACGCGCAGCAAAGAAGCACGGUCUCUGCUAUGCAUUGCAUUGGAAAGCGAAGCGGCAGAAACUGACAUUGAAGCAACCUGCAAAGCAUUACUCGACGCAGGGUAUGAUCCUGACAUUCGAGCCCACGUGUACCCCCGAAGACCUCCGAUAGUAGCCGCAGUCUGCCGAGAACAUCUAUCUGUGGCCGAACUACUGAUUGAGCACGGAGCGGACGUGAGUGCCUGCGACGACAACGGCUCCGACGCGCUCUUUUAUGCCGUCAGAAGCAAUGACUUGGACUUUGCGAGGUAUCUCAUCUCAUCUUCGACUCACUUUAUCACUAACUCGUACAAUCUCGACUCGCUCGUGCAAUGCAAUGACACUGCACUUGGGCCUGUGGAACUGGCUGCUGGCAAUGGCGAUCUUGAAAUGCUUGAGCUUCUGAUGCCACAUCGACAGGCGUAUUUGACACCCGCAGAUGUCUCUCCACUAUGGAUUGCCUGUUGGGACGGCAAGGACGAAGUCGUGGACUUUCUUUUGCUACGCGGCGAGUCACUGGAUGCUGUGAAUCUCCAAAAUGGCUCCUCGAUACUGCAUGCAGCAGCACACAGCGGAUCGAGGUCGCUAAUCGAAAGACUCAUCAAUUCGGGCCAUGAAUUCAUCAUUCAUGAUCAUUCUGAUCUAUCGCCCGUAGAUUAUGCCAUGCUGGCUCGUCACGAAGUUGUUGUCGGACUGCUCGAAGAGUAUGAGAGAUCGCGGCGCAUAGCCCAAGAUCCAAGCUCUUCGCAUCCAAUUGGUGAAUCACGCAAUCGAUUCCAUGCAGCGGUUACCCGGGCUAUCAAAGAAAAUGAUUUGCCCACAUUACGAACAUUACAUGCCGAGGGCUGGGACCCUAACGAUAGAUAUUCUUGUGGUCGCUGCACUGCACUCAUGAACGCCCUGCUGGAGACCAAGGUGGAAAUCGGCGAGUUUCUAAUCGACCUAGGGGUCUCCCCGAACGUUCGAGGCUGUCGCAAUCACGCCAAAAGGCGCACUGUGUGGGAGAUUGCGGCUUCUGAGCCACCUCUUGCCCCCGUGCUUGAACGACUACUUCGGCGGCAAAAAGAGCCCCGAAUGCCUAAUCGCUCGCUGGUAACACGGGCUGCGGAUCCCUUUCUGCUUCACAUUGCAUCGAGUGCUGGGAAUGGGGCGGCUGUGAAGCUUCUCCUGGCUCGUGGUGCCCAUGUGGAUGAUGUGGAUGACACUCUGGCCACACCACUAAUCGUCGCUGCCACUAAGGGACACGAGAAAAUUUUGAGCAUAUUACUUGGUGCUGGGGCGACCAUCAACGCGAGGAAUCGCAAUGCUAUGACAGCAUUAAUAUUAGCCACCUAUCACGGUCACGAAGGCGUAGUAAGACAGCUGCUAACCUACGACAAUAUUGAUCUGCAUGUGCAAUCUAUCCACGGCCUGACGGCGCUACCGUAUGCCGCGGAUCGCUGUCAUUUGACGAUCGUGCAGUUGUUGGUUGGCCAGGGACUAAAUCUUGAUGACAGGAACGCAGGAGUGCCAUCUGCCAGAGCACGGCUGAUCACGGCAGGGACGUCUGUUGCUGCAACUUAUGCACUGCAAACUCAAUACCAACUGCACGACUUCAAUCACUUGUUUCGCUCAUCACUUGAUGGCUCACGACUCAUCCAGAUUCUGAGGAAGUACCCGUCGAGCUUCAUGCACGAGGACUUGAACACUCAAGCAGUCUUUCAGGAUAUUCCUAUGCCCAUCACUGCCCUUUACUAUGCGGUAAUUGAGGAUCUUGGCAAGUCGGUAGUGCCGCUCUUGUCUUCUGGUGCACUCCUCAACCUCGAGGGCGGCGAAGAAGGCACCCCACUCAUGGCUGCUUGUGCGCUAGGCAGACUGUCACUCGCCAAGCUCCUUAUCAGGCUUGGGGCGACCGGGUACUACAUCAAGGACGGCAUAGUCAUCAGCGCGCUCAAAGCAGCCCGUCAUUUCCCAAAGAUCCAACACUGGCUCCUGGUCGGCAGGUACACUGAUCAGCCGAAACUCACGCACAAAAGUCUAAAUAUUCCAGACGAGACGACUACGAGACCAGCAUCCACUCGAAUCGGUUACUCUUCUUUCACACCCUGGUCGGCUUUUGAUCGAAAUCUGGUGUUUGAAGAGGACUGGCCAGCCUACUUGAAGAAAAUUGUCCCUCCUUCGACGAGGUCGUUCAUUUGUCGUAUGGAAGAAGGCAUCAGCACAUUAUUGCUGACAGAUAUCGAAGCGGAACGAGGCAACGUUGCAAUGUUGCAACUCCGACAGUGA